CCUUGUUGUGACAAAAGAACAGCGGUAUGCGUCAAGCAUUUGUAGAAGCAUAUGUGGAUACAGCGGGAUACUAAUCAUCGAAGUACUUAUAACAAAAUACUUACAAAGUGGAAGAAAAUAUUAUGUCAAGACAGAUGAUGAGCGAAGAAAGCCAUCCCAGGACCUUGUAUGUAGGGAAUUUGGAUCCUUCUGUGUCCGAAGAUCUUCUGUGUGCCUUGUUCUCGCAGAUUGGACCCGUCAAAGGCUGCAAAAUCAUCCGUGAGCCCGGAAAUGAUCCGUACGCCUUCCUGGAGUUUACGAACCAUCAAGGGGCCGCUACCGCUUUGGCUGCGAUGAACAAGAGGUUAUUUCUUGAUAAAGAGAUGAAGGUAAACUGGGCCACUUCACCAGGUAAUCAACCUAAACAAGACACAAGUAACCACUAUCACAUAUUCGUUGGCGAUCUGAGUCCAGAAAUCGAGACACAGACGCUUAGAGAAGCUUUUGCUCCUUUUGGGGAAAUUUCCAACUGCAGAAUAGUUAGAGAUCCACAAACAUUAAAAUCAAAAGGUUAUGCUUUUGUAUCUUUUGUUAAGAAGGCAGAGGCAGAGAGUGCCAUAACUGCAAUGAAUGGUCAGUGGCUGGGUAGUCGAAGCAUUCGAACAAACUGGUCUACAAGGAAACCGCCACCCCCAAGGAGUGAGCGACCCCGCCAUGGAAAUGCAAAAGCUCCAACAUUUGAUGAAGUAUAUAAUCAGUCCAGUCCUACAAAUUGUACCGUUUAUUGUGGUGGAUUUAUAAAUGGGAUUACUGAAGAGUUAAUGCAAAAAACAUUUUCUCCAUUUGGCACUAUCCAAGACAUCCGUGUCUUCAAAGACAAGGGCUAUGCAUUCAUCAGAUUCUCAACAAAGGAGGCAGCCACCCAUGCUAUUGAGGCAAUUCAUAAUACAGAGAUCAAUGGGCAACUAGUGAAGUGCUUCUGGGGUAAGGAGACUGGUGACCCUAAUCAUGCUCAGAGUACAGGGCAGGCUCCAGCUGGCACUCAGUACCCGUAUGCAUAUGGUCAACAGAUGGGAUACUGGUAUCCCCAGAGUUACCAGGCAACUGCAGCAACAGCAGCUGCUGCACAGAUGCAAGGCCAGUACCUGCAGGGGAUGCAGGGCUACCCAUACGGACAGUUUGGCUAUCAACAGGGCUACAUGGGCAGAAUGGGGAUGCAGGUGCCAACCUGGCAGGGCAUGCCAGCACAAGCUCAAGUUCCGGGUGCGGCACAGCAGAUGGCUGCAGCAGCGCAGGGUGCCGCGAUGCAGCAGCAGGGUCCUGGCAUGAUGACGUACACCAUGCAACAGUUCCAGACACAGUGAUGAGCAUAACCACCUAGCCUAUGCAUACAGUGAGGGAGGGAGAGAGAUCGGUUAAAUUAUAUGUGAUGCAGAAAUUCGCUAUGAGGACAAUUGGUAAGCUGCAAAGCACAGGAAAUUUUCAUCUCAAGGCAAAGACUUUUCAUUGCACCAACCUUGACUAGGUCUUGCCCAAGAAAAUGGAAAUGGAAGAAAGAUGGUUUUGGAUUCCCCCGAUCUGAAUAUGGGAGACCUGGUAACAUGACAAAACCAUUUUUUACUCCGCCAUUUUAUGAGACAUUUGUGUCAUGAUUUGUGUAAAAUAUAAACACUGAUAUGAAAACCUGUCAUGUAUUAUUUUAUCAUUACAUCAGUAUGUGUACUUCGAUUCAUAUAAAACACCACUCAGUUUUGUUAUAAGUCUAGCAAGGCAGGUAGUGUUCAGUUUCAAUUUGAAAUGUAAUCAGUGAUACGAUUGUGUAGAUUUGCUAGAGUGCGCUAGCAUAUUGUCUGAUCAUAUAUAGCCAUGGUCCUGCAUUCUUUUCUUAAAAAAAUGUAAAUUGAAUGGGAGGGCCAUUAUAUACCACCAGCAGGAUAUCUCUCUCAUAUUGUGGCAAAACACAGAUAAUAUAAGUUUGUCCCGUUGUGUGGAGAAAUGUGCUGUUUGGAUCCAGUGAUGAGUGAUGAUUAUUUGAUUGCACUUACCUCUUUAAUUCAGACAUUAUGUUUAUUUUUUUCAACUGUGUCAGAGCAGUUUGAUGCUCAUGCAAGAAAAUUUGACCCAUGUUGUUAAGCCUUAGGCUUUAAAACAGAGACCUCUCUUCUGGUGACCUCUGUUUUGAAACAGGUAAGGCAUUCACUAACAGUAAAGUAAGAAUUAGAUUUAAGUUUCAAUCAAUAAUUGUCACAAAGCAUGUAUCUCUGAAGGUAACUGUGCUGAAUUUGAUUCUUCUUGAUUGUUAUAAUAAAAUAUUUGGGUCUGGGAUCA